UUUUUAAAAUACAAACUACAAUUUAAAUGUAAAAGGCAAAUCGCUCGCCCCAUCUCUAUACAUUACCCAGCUUCAUUACCCAUUCCAUAUUUCUUUACCAACAUCCCCUUGCCUAACAUUAAAAAGUGAAGUAACGCUGAAUGAAGCUUUUUGUGUUGUUAAUUGGAGUUUUGGCCUUCUCGGGAGGGACCGAUUCGACACUGACUCACAGAAACCCGCGAAUCAACUCAACUGCUGAGCGAUUCACCGAUGUACCAUUGGACGAUAAUUCAUCUUCGCCCCCUCAGGCUGUGUUGGACAUUGAAAGUAACUUUUUAGUACUACUGGACCUUGAUGAGGGGUCGAUUGGGAAAAAAGUGGUGGCUGUAAUUUUUGCAUUUUUUCUGUCUGUUUCUUCGUUAUAUCUAUUAGCCGUGCCAAAACCACAAAUCCAACAAGUUGAGUACAAACAUUCGCCACAACCCUAUAAAUUUAUUGAGCUUAAUGACAAAGUAAUCUGCAACAGAGAAACAAAACAAUGUUCAAUAAAAUUCAAAAAUUUGGAUCCUAAUCACGAGUAUAUAUUUUAUACUGCAAAGAAUGACAAUGGGAGAGGAGAUAAAGUAAAGUUAACUGAAGUUGCAAAAAUAGAUCCGGACAAGUGUGAUUUUGACAAGAAUGUAAAACCGGAAGUAGAUGGAGAAGAAAUUUGUAAACAGAUUGUCAAAGGAAUUGAUGAGAACUCAAAAGCUGAAACUAUUGAGGUUGACAGCGGAGAAAUAAUAUUUGGUUCGGAAUCAGAUGGAACGGAGGAUUAUGCGAUAGUUGAAGAAGCCAAACAUGAGAACGAACAUAAAAAUCAACAAGAGCUAGAGCAUGUUCAUAUCGCUGGGCCAAGGGAACAGCCAGUUGAACACAAUCAGCCAACUAUAAAAAAUCCGACAGUUACAAAAGUUGAACCAGUUAACGAAUAUCAACAUAAACUAGAAGAGCGCGUUAAAAAACUGGGAAUAAUUGACUUUAAACAUGGAGAUUUAUACGGAAAGAAUCACCAACGUGCUAUGAGUAAUCCCACUGUCAACGAAGAUGAAAAGGCUAAGAGACUUGAAAAGCUCCUUGGAACACUAGAAGACCAUAAGCAUCCAUCGCUAGUUGAUAAAUUCAAAAAAGAAAAAGGAAACUUUAAUAAGCGCUCCCAAAGUGACCCCGCUCGAAAUAAAGUUGGAAAGGCAAAAGAUUCUGAUUCUAAUGGACCUGAACAGAAGUUAGAAAAACAUAUUAAAGAUUUGGCACUUAGUGACUUCAAACAUGGAGAUAUAUUCGCAAAGAAUCGCCAACGUGCUAUGAGCAAUCCCAACGCCAAGGAAUAUGAAAAGGCUAAGAGACUUGAAAAGUUCCUUGGAACACUAGAAGACCAUAAGCAUCCAUCGCUAGUUGAUCAAUAUAACAAAGAUAAAGGAAGCUUAAAUCAACGCGCUAAAAGUGACCCCAUUGGCAAUCAAGUUGGAAAGGCAAAUGGACCUGAAGAAAGUUUAAAAAAACUGGCAAUUAGUGACUUUAAACAUGGAGAAUUAUUAGGUCGAAAAGGAGGAUUUAAACAACGCACUAUGAACAUUCCUAGUGCCAAUAAAGUAAAACAGGGAAAAGGAAGUGAUUUUAAUGGAGACGUUGAAGAGAAGGUAGGUGCAGAAAAUGGCAAGAAUCAAGAGAAACCUAUAUUAACUGGACGUAAGUUAGCUGCAGCUGAGCAUAAUCCAGUUUCUGAUACUCUUGGUUUUAAACGUGGAAGUUAUGCGUUGGAGAAGCCUAAGAAUUAUUGA